AUGGCCCACCGAGUUCCCGAUAUUGGCCCUCACCAAUCCCAGGUUGACUCGUCUGGUCGCGUGCCCGGGCCCAGAGGAGGACCUACAGACUCCCCAAGUAGUAAUGCGGAUUGGAGGCGUGGUCAGCACUCUACCUUUACUGCUCCUGAUCGCCCACCACCCGUACCGCCCAAACCGACUCAAACAAGGCACAGUCGGUCCAUGAGCCAUCCGUUCCCUUCAAUGGCCAACGCCGCUGAAGCCCCAUCGUCGUCAUACUUCGCCCAGGCCAAACUUCCAGAAGAAGGCAGAGAUGGCCGUACAAUGGCCCGUCAAAUGGACACCGGCGCCAGAAAGAUGCGUGGUGUCAGUGGUAGGGACUUUGCAACUGGAAAUUGCAUGACAUGCGGCGGUCUUGUUCGAUGGCCCAACAACCUCACCGUCUUCAAAUGCACGACUUGCGCUACAGUAAACGACUUGGAAAUUUUUGAAGGCCAUGAUGCCCACGGGGGUAGUCGAAGAGAUGGAUCUACUGCGGGACCCAUCCAUAGGAAUGCAGACCUCGGACGAGGUUCGUAUACGACUCCAAUUAGAAAGUUUGUCGAUGCUGAUGCUGUCUUAGGGCCCAUGCAACCUAUUUCGUUACUGCAUACGAAGAGCAUUGUUCGGCGUUGUUUGCAAUCCUAUUUAUACAGGAGAAUCGAAGAGAAUCAAGGCCUGUACGGCAAGGAAGGACUAUCGCAACCUGCUUCAGCACAGCCUCAAACCACUGGCGCAGGCAUAGAGAGCGAAGGAGCAACGCAGCACGACACUAGACGCCGUUUCGGGACACGUUUUCUCAAUGCGCCGGAGGCAAACACAUCUAGUGAUCCCCCCAAGUUUGUCACUAAAUCACAACGAUCUCUUUCCUAUGGGUACUCAGAACAACCCGCGUUCAAUCACCAGCCAGCAGGGCCUAGCCAUUGUGCCGAGCGCGUCAGUCCCGUCCGAUCUCCUUCGCAUGGGCCGCAAACUAUUUUCAAGGCACUAGAAGACUAUAUCAUGGAAUGUUUCAGAUCACCGGACUGCCUUAAUUCCUCCUUCGUGCUUCAUAAUUAUUCAGCUGGCACAGAGCAACAUAUUCGAAGAAAGCCAGUCCCGUCAAGAGAACCAGUUCCCUCGAGAGAACCAGCACCUUCAAAAGAGGCGCGUAUGCCAUCAAGAGAUCGAAGCCGACCUCGUGGAAAUACCGACAGCAAUAUGCCAAUUAGCCAAUUGGAUCCUAAGCUUCUCUUACUUGGAGACGUGGCAGAAAACGGGCUGUGGUGGACUGGCAAUCGUCCACAACCCCCUCCACCAGUACAAAAACCCAAGCAGCCGAGUCAUGCGAGAAGAACUUCUUCAGGAGCGGCGAAGCCUCUGCAAAUGGACUGGACUGAGCUUGACAACUGGUAUCGGACCAUCAUUGGGCCUGCAGAAGGCUGGCACUCCGUCUUUGCGGAAGUUGCGUCGACAAAAUCUGCGCUCGACCUCGAUCUGUCAUCACUGGAGAACGAACUCCUACAGGCCCAGCUUCAUGUUCAUCAGACGCUUCUUAGACACACCGAGAUGCUGUUGAAGCGACCCCGAUAUCCCAUCUUACAGCCAGCUGAUUUGCGAUUUUUGCUAGUCAUACUGGAGAAUCCACUGCUACAUAGCAGUCAACUGCCUUUGGAAGGCUUAGUAUACCGCAAUAGUGCUGGACGCAGACCGCAAGCCAUACACCAAACGACCCAAAAGGACCGGUCAGUAACUAUGCCCUCAUCUGGUCCACUAUCUGGUCAGCAUUCAGGCAUCAUCAAACGAGUCAUUGGCCUCAUCUCAAACUCACCCCCAGUCUGUCACAAUCAUUUGAUCAACUGGUGGAUCAAGUUUGAGAAAGAACGCUACAUGAAAGCAAAGGAUCUAUUUUCUGGCUUUCUUGCAUACAGAAUGCUUAGGCAAAGGAAUAAGAAGCCAGCCAAAACUGCGGAUGAGGACGCGGUGACCUCGUUUCUGAUACCCCAAAUGCGAAGCGGUCAAUCUGAUGCACAAAUUCAUGAUGAAAUUGGAGCACUGAGCUUGUCAAAUAAGUCAAAAAAAUCGACAGAGCCGGAGAAGAUAACAUCUUAUCCGGAAGACUGGCAAGUGAAAGCGACUUCUCGCGUGCUUGCUCUCAUUUUCGCCGCGAACGACCCCAACACUACUCGUGAUGCUCAUCACCACCAUCAAAAAGGUCACAAGCUGCCAAGCAGCGAAUUUUAUGUUUCCAUGGUUGACUAUAUUGACCUCGUCAAAGACUUCGAUACCUGGGAAGCCAAGCAAGGGUUCUUCUCCUUCUGUCAAUAUCCGUUUCUUCUCAGCCUCUGGGCCAAGACGUCGAUACUGGAGUACGACACACGCAGACAGAUGCAAAACAAAGCGAGAGCUGCGCUGAUAGACAGUAUCAUGUCUAACAAAUCUGUACAGCAAUAUUUGACCCUUACUGUUCGCCGCGAAUGCCUUGUCGACGACAGCUUGAUGGCGGUGAGCGAAGUCAUUGGUAGCGGAACAGAUGAUAUCAAAAAAGGUCUUCGAAUCAAAUUUCGGGGUGAAGAAGGCAUUGAUGGCGGCGGUUUGAGGAAGGAGUGGUUUCAAUUGGUCAUUCGAGACGUAUUCAAUCCGGAUUGUGGCAUGUUCCUUUACGAUGAAGAUUCCCAAUUCUGCUAUUUCAACCCCAACUCUCUGGAAUCCACAGAUCAAUACUUUUUAGUGGGAGUGGUUCUGGGCUUGGCAAUCUACAAUUCGACAAUCCUCGACGUGCCCCUUCCACCAUUUGCGUUCAAAAAGCUGCUGGCCGCGGCCCCUGGCCAUGGUAUGAGUUCGCUGGCGCACGCUCCUCCACAUCUCAAGUAUACGCUCGACGAUCUUGCCGAGUAUCGGCCAAGACUUGCUCGAGGGCUCCAGCAGCUGCUUGAAUAUGACGGGGAUGUCGAGUCUACGUUCGCGCUUGACUUUAUGCUCGAAAAUGACAGGUAUGGAUCUUCGUCAACAGUACUUUUGUGCGAAGGCGGCGAGCGUCGACCAGUCACCAAUGCCAAUAAACGAGAGUAUGUGGAUUUAUAUAUCCGCUACGUGCUCGAUGUAUCGGUGCGACGUCAAUUUGAGCCUUUUCGCCGAGGAUUCUACAACGUCUGCGGUGGCAACGCAUUCUCCCUCUUCCGUCCGGAAGAGAUUGAGCUGCUCAUCAGAGGCUCCGAUGAGCCGCUCGAUGUUGAUUCGCUGAGAGCUGUUGCUGAGUAUCAGAAUUGGGAUAAGAAGCAGCCUGAUGGAGUAGAACCAGUCGUUGGCUGGUUCUGGGAGACAUUCAAGCAAGCAGAGCCAGGUGAUCAGCGUCGACUUCUUUCAUUUAUCACCGGCAGUGAUCGGAUACCAGCUACUGGUGCUGCAUCGCUGAGAAUCAAAUUGUCAUGUCUCGGCGAUGACUGUCUUCGGUUUCCAGUCGCAAGGACGUGCUUCAACCAAAUAUCUUUAUGGCGUUAUCGUACACGAGAGAAGCUUGAAUAUGUUCUUUGGCGAGCCGUGAAAGAAAGCGAGGGUUUUGGCCUCAAGUAG